AUGAGCCACACUCAACAACAAACUGCUUCAAGCACUGAAACCUCUACUGUCACCGUUCCUCCAUCUCGAGAACAGAACUUGGUGCUUCAUCUUAGUCCAAAUCCAGCUCAGCCAUCAACUUCAGAACGGCGACACGUAGUUUGGGCCACCGAAACAGUGGAUAACGAAGGAAUGGGCAAGAAGAAGAGCAAAUGCUGUUGUAUCUACAAGAAGCCCAAAAAUUGGCAAGACUCAAGCUCGGAUUCUGAUUCGGAUUGUGAAACCGGUCAUUGUCGUGGCCACGUCGAGCACAAAAAGAACGAAGAGCCGAAGAGCUCUAAUUGA